GCCUCCUGGUAUGUAGCUGAUAAAUGUAAUGGACUUUCAGUUUCUUUUCCCCCACUAAUUCUCUGGUCAAAGCUUCUCUCUACCUUUCUUCUUCUUCUUUCUCUAUCACCAAGUACAAAAGACCCAUCAAGCUUCCAUGGCCGACGAGUCCACCUCAUCCUCACAUCUAUGUAUCACUGUCCUGAAAAACCCAUCGGAGGCCCAUCUCUCCGAGCUGGGAAUCAAAUCUUGGCCCAAAUGGGGUUGUUCACCAGGAAAGUACCAACUGAAGUUUGAAGCCGAGGAGACGUGUUAUCUGUUAAGGGGAAAAGUUAAGGUUUACCCAAAGAACGCAACUUCGCCGGAGACAGUGGAGUUCGGCGCCGGCGACUUGGUCACUAUACCGAAGGGACUCAGCUGUACUUGGGACGUGUCCGUCGCCGUCGAUAAACACUAUAAGUUCGACUCCUCGUAACGAUCUAGCUAGCUAGUCAAAAUCACAAUUUUCUAAUUCUUGUAGUUUAUUUUAUUUCCUUAAUUUUCUAUUGUUACCAUAAUUAGUAGAAAUGUCAUGUUUGAUUUCCUUAAAAACUAGCAGCAGUUUUGCCAUUUAUGUUAGUGUGGUUGGAAAGUCAUUUAAGACUGUCCUUUAAUAUAAUAAUGAUAGUUUGAAAAGGUGUUGUA